UUUAGAUUUGCUGGGAAAUACCAGUAGCUAGGAAACAUUUCAAAAUUAACCACAGUGAUAUUGAUUUUUAUUUGCUGCCACAAGUGACGUACUCACUGACGGGGGUGUUUCGUUUUCCUUUCCAGAUUUCAAUUACUCUACACAUGUCUAGUCGUCGGACAGCUGAUUGCCAUCGGAUAUGGGGCAGAGAUUAUGACAGCCGGGAUUGCUGGCGGAGGAGCAACCGCAUCCAGCAGCAGCACUCAAACGUCGUCUAGUCAAUCACCAGCGUCAGUACCAGCCGCCUACCAAAGCCCACCGUUGGGGACUCCUCGCCCAUCGUCUAGUUUAAGCAGCAUUAGCACUAUUACCACCAUUACCACAGACUCUACCACCGCGGCCACGAGCACCAUUAGCAGCAAUCGAACAAAAGACGAUCUGACACAAACCGCCCAAGAUGCGUUCGGAACGGCCUGGACCGCUCGCAAGUUUGUUAACAAACCGACGUACGAUCGGAAGGCGGCGGCGUACGGGAAGCGUUUCGAAGGCGCCCUGCAACCACGGAUCCGAGAUUUGGGCGACUGGCAAUGUCCGAAAGUGUCCGAGGGCGCGAAUCUGGAGUGCAGCUGUGACCUGCCACACACGCUACGGUGUAGCGGUGAUCUGCAUGGGCUGGAAGUGAUUGCGGACAGCUUGCGACGAUCGCCGUACGAAGUAUCGCUGUUGGACUGUACGCUCAAGAACGUGACCAGCAUCAGCGAUGCGAACAUCUUCCAAAACGUCUCACUGCAAGGUUUGGUGAUCUCGUCCGGAGAAAUUAAGCGAGUGCAUAGGCUCGCUUUUGCCGGGAUUCGAACACCGCUGCAAGCGCUCGGACUACCGAACAACGCUCUCGAAAGUGUUCCGAUGCAGUCGCUCGUUGCUGUUGGGCAGCUCGAUCGUUUGGAUCUUUCGUUCAACAAGAUUAAGUCGUUGCAGAAUGGUGAUUUUUUGGCCGUACCCAAGCUGUCCUAUCUCGAGCUGAGCAGCAAUCAGAUCGCGCUUAUUGCUCCGAAAAGUUUGGUGCCGUUGAAGAAUCUGCUUCAUCUUAAGCUAAACGGGAAUCGGCUGGGGGAGUCACCGGAGAGCCUCAAAUCGCUGGUAUCUUGCCUGAGCCUUAAGGAACUUCAUCUACAUUCGAACGGGAUACGAGGUCCGCUGCAGAACACCACGUUACCACGAAUUCGCGGACUAGAGAUUCUUUACCUGGACAAAAACUCCAUCUCCAGCAUCCACGAUGGCGCACUGGAGGCGUAUCCGUAUCUGCAGAUGCUGUCCCUUCGCAGCAAUCAAAUCGAUGUGCUGCAAGAUCACGCAUUUUCGGGCUUAGCCUCCCUGCAAAUGCUCGAUCUCGGGCAUAAUGGCAUUGUUACCAUUUCGGAUGCAUCGCUCAAGCAUCUACCACGGCUCAUUAUCCUCGAUCUUACACACAACUUCCUGCGAGCACUGACGGCCGAUGUGGUCGCUCCGUUACCCGCCCUGAAGGAGCUCCGGCUGGACGGCAACGAUAUCUCGCUGAUUGCAGAGUACGCACUAGUGAACGCGACCCAACUGCACAGUCUAUCCCUGGAGAGUAAUCCGCUCGUGUGUGACUGCACGAUGAAACCGUUCCUGCAAUGGUUGGCCGGAGCACGACCUGCAUCGCAAGGCAUUCUUGGAGCAAUCUGUGCCACACCGCCGUAUCUGGAGGGUGCCGAUCUGUUGCAGAUUGCACCGGAAACGCUUACCUGUGGUGAGGGUGGCAGCAAGCAGCAGACCGAUCGUGAAACUUUCCAGACGAUCGAGGUGAUGCUGAAGCUGAAGAACAAUGCAUCGUAUGUGCGCGACGUUGGCAGUGAGGUUCGGCUGCGGGAGGUUAAUUUCACCGACGAAAGUGACGUCUACCUGAGCUGGCUGCUGGGAACCGACGAUUAUUCAUGCCGCUUUGUGUACGUGUUUCACACGGACGAUCCCGAAAUGAUCCUGUACAAUUCGGAGGUGUCUUGCAUUGUGAAACCGGAAGCUCCUAUUACGGCCAUGGAGUACAUCUACAGUACCAAGCUGAUUGGAGCGUAUGACUUGCAAAGCAACGUUAGUUACAAAUUCUGUCUCAUCAUGAAGGAAGACAUCUCAAAGGAUGAGUAUCUCGGUGCCUGUAAGGUGACCGCUCUACCCCGUCCCCACAUCAACACGGCCAAACGGAAGUCGAUAAAGAAGGAGCUGCAGAUAAGUACGCGCCAGACAAACGAGUCGGACAUUUCGGACUUUGAUCGCAUUUCGUCCGACUUCCGGCACGACGAUCGGAAUCGGGAUGAGUUGCUGAAGGGACGGGACAGUGAUGACGAUGGCGAGGACACGGAGUAUCAAGGCACUGAGGAGACCGAUCGUGUUGAUCAUCCCGUGCCGGAUGUAACAGACUACAACGACAACAGCGACAUGGACCAGAGCAGCGACGAGGAUGACGACGGUGAUGAGAGUGUCGGUGUGCUGUCGAACCACAUACGGGAUGAUCCCGAUUUCCGACAGCUGCAGCUAGCGGCCGAAGCGGAAGCAGCCCGCCUCCCGUCGGUACAUGGUGGCCGUGUCCUGCUGGAGGGAUUAGGGACAAUCAUCAUUAUUACCAGCUUGGUAGCGUUCAUUUGGGGGCUGGUACGGUUCAAGGGGGAGCAUCGGCAUCUGCCGUCUAUGGCGAGCUGCUACGCUGUGGACGAACGGAGACGCAGCUCGCAUCAGGAUGUAGAAAGUCGUAGCCGAUACUUUAAGCUACAGGCAACCACCAGUCUGUGAGUUGCGUUGUUUUGUGAUUCUACGUCACGCCGUUUGUUCGGUGGCGCCGAAUCGAUCGAUUCCGUACGGUUAAACGCGAACAAAUUAUGUAAAUUUGUUGUACAUAGAGUUGGUUAUUUAUGCUAGUACGGUAAGACCCGGUGCACGGAAAAGCAAAACAGUGUGACCCUGUAGUGUAGUGCGAAGGUCGUGACGUAGGUGUGUUCGUUUUGCAAGUCGUUAGCAUUCUGUUGUAUUUUACAUUUCAUUCUAAACUAAUCGUACUGUGCCAUCGUGUCAUUUGUGUGAGUAAGGGAGAAAAGUUACUAAAAUCGCGUUUAAUGUUGUAAAAAAGUGCAACAAGAUUUUUUUGUGCGGGAGAAAGCGGCAGUUCAAAAAUAAAACAAAGCGUGUUGGUUCUUAACUAGA